GAAAUAAGGUUAUAUAAAGUUAACGUUUGUUUUGGUGCUGACGCUGACAGAUUUUUAAAACUAACCUGAACCGUAUUUUCCCGAAACUGAAUGGUUGAAAACAUAUUUAAAAAGAAGUUGAAAAACCCAAUGGAUUCGUUGUACGAAGCACCAAGACAACCUCCAGCUAUUUUUAGCAAGGAAAUGCUGACAGGUACCCCAGUGGUGCCAGAAAUUUCGGUUCUGUGCCCUUCCAACGGCCCCAAAAACGUGUUUACCACUUACAACCAGUGGCGACAAGGGCAUGAAAACCCACACCUGAGAGCUAACAAGGAAAACUUGCCCUUUCCCAUGUCGCAGAACAGCUCUAUUCUGAAAAAACAGGUCCGGUUUGAUAGUCCCGUAACCUUAUCGAAGCUACCGGAAAAUGCACAGUCUGCUAUUCCCAAAAGGGAGAACAUUCCAAAAUUUGAGCACAUGUACAUGGCUAAUAUUCCUAGUCGACAGUUAGACCUCAGUCUAAUAGAGCCCGCGCGACAACCAGAAGAAGUGCCAGUAGAAGCGCCCAGGGCUCAACAAGAGCCCGAGAAAAUCCCCAAGUCAUACAAGGAAUUUUUAGAAGAACAACAGAAGGCCAAUAAUCGGGUGCUUAAUGAUUCAGUGACCGAUAUUUUCAACUACAAAAGAACUACUUCAGUUGACGCCCCACAGAGCUUCCAAUCCAGGCGGAUUAGUAGUGGUCCGCCCCCCAGCUGCAAUAACAAUCCCGAUGAAUCUUUAAGGCCAUUCCAGAGUGUGAGCCAUCUGGACUAUUUAUCUCAAAGGACUGGGAGUCAAUCGGUACAAAAUUCAAAUAAUAAUCAAUUGCGAUACGCACAUAGCAAUGGAUCAGAAGCAAAUAAAUCGGAGCAAAAUGUAGAAAAUCGGUUUAAUGGCCAGAAAAGCUGCUCCGAAGCCGCGAACAGGGCCUUGCCAAGAUUAAAUAAUCAAACAAACUCUCCAGAACAGUUAAGGUUCAAAUCGAGAAGCUGCGGCUGUUGUUCGGGCACGGAAAGAAGCACAGAGCUCGAGACAAUAAAACCAAAAACCCAAGACGAUUUAUCGGUUAAAGAUCUCUUGCAGAUAAUUACGCAGCAGAGCCAGCAAAUCAUACAGCAAAAUAACCAGAUUAUGCUGUUGCAACAGCAAGUGACGGAAUUGGUUUCAAUGCAAAGGAAUCAGGUGGAAGACCAGAGGACACACUGCUGCCAAUUCAACAGCCCCCCUACAGAUUCUGUAGAAACUAUUCAACAGCGAUGUAUCAGCAGUACGCAACCUAAUCAGAAUCUAGAAGAGGGAAAGUUUUUCAACAAGAUAAACCAGGAAAAUAAUUGUGUUUCCACGAAUUUCUCUAUUGGAAUGACUACCAGCUAUGAGGUUUCAGUUAUAAGACCUUCGUUAAAGAACUCGAACAACUUCCUGCCAAUGAAUGCCAAAGACUGUGAACGCAAUUCGCCGCAAAUUAAAGAAAUUGCGGAGCGCGGGAAUGUUAAAGACACUCUUGUGGAUGCGUCAAUGGUAUUCAAAGAGCCCAUCGAAGUGCGCGAAACAUGCCCCAGUCCCGAGCCGAGCAUCAAAAUCAACAUGAAAGAUUUCGAUGACUCUGAUUCAGACGAUAAUGACGACAGCUCUUCCCAGAGCGACACUUUCUACAAAAAUCUCAUGGCCCAAGUGAACAAAGUGCUUCAAAAGGCCCAUAUUGAAACGUCUAAGGAACUGGCGAACAUGGGAAGCCCCAAUUUAAAUCAGAAGACACUUCAUAAGGUGAAAGAGACCACCAUGAGGCAUUUAAGGAGAAUAGGUGUCGACUUGCAAAAUGAAAGUUCCGGCAAUAGCAGCGUACUCGGGAAAGGAGAGGGUGUGAGUUACAAUGAGGACGAUGUCAGUUUUAUGGUCAAACAGUUACUGAUGAAGUACCUGCCUGCUGACCAUUUGGCCAAACUGGCUGCCAAAGGGCCCCAAUAUACGCAAAAAGAUGUUCCUAAUGUAGGUGUCAUCAAAACGAGGCCAGACUUUUCCUUUGCGACGCUUCAGUACAUGAAAAAGUACAAUUUGAUCUCAACCUCUAACAACGAGGGUCGACAAAAGCAGCAAGCAGGACAAUCUCCUAAAAUCCUGGACAUUUCCAACUUGAAGCAACAGCCGAAGCUUCUAUAGGCUGAUGAGGAAAGAAUGACAACGACAAUUAUCAUUAUCUACUUACAUUUACUUAUCGUUCAAAUAAAUAUUUAUCUAUC